UUUAAAGUUUAAAUAUAUUUUAUCUUUAAUCGUGAGGAAACGUCACCAAAUGUUUAAAUACUUGUGUGCAAUAAACGUUCUUUGUAGUAUUAUCGAAUAUAAUUAUUAUUGUUAUCAUAUGAAAUAAUAAUAAUAAUAAAAAUAGUAAAGAUAACAAUACCAAAAGUCGUUCUACGUGUUAUUAUAUGUUCGUCAUUUGAAAAAAUAUUAUUGAGCGUUAGUAACAUUAUUUUGUGUAACAAUCUGUUAAAACAAUACUAUCAACAUGGUUGAGAAAAAUGUUUGGGAAUCAGGGCCAAGUGUAUAUAAUUACACUGAGGCCAAUGAAAGAACACCAUUAUUACAAAAUACUCAAAGCAACAUGGCAGAAAGGAAUGUUGGAAUUUCUCAAGAAACCCUUGUCUCCCAAGCUGGUCAAUCGAUCAAAGCGAAGAGAUUUUUUCAAUACAUCGCAAGUUUGGCUGCAACAUUAGGAGCAGUAGCAGCAGGAAUGAUGUUAGCAUGGACCUCGCCAGCUGGUAAGGGCGGUGUCAAAUUAUCACAAGUAUAUAAUAUUUCUAUUAACGAAGAAGAAUUCUCAUGGAUUGGAGCAUUAGCACCGUUUGGUGCUGCAGUAGCAUGUAUACCAAUUGGUAUUCUAACAGAUAUAAUUGGCAGAAAAAAUUCAAUGUUAAUGCUUGUAGUUCCUUUUACAAUUGGUUGGUUGCUCAUAAUAUUUGCAAAUUCCGUAGCUAUGUUUUAUGUUGGAAGGUUCAUUACAGGUUUCAGUGGUGGUGCCUUUUGUGUAACAGCUCCUAUGUAUACGGCAGAAAUAAGUGAAAGUGAAAUUCGGGGAAGUACAGGUUCAUAUUUUCAAUUGCUUCUGACAGUUGGUAUUUUAUUAGUAUAUCUUUUAGGUACCUGUGUAGAUAUGUUUGUAUUAUCCAUUAUUUCUGCAAUUGUACCAUUAAUCUUUGCCGUAGUAUUCUUCUUUAUGCCAGAAACACCAACAUAUUAUUUAAUGAAAGGAAAUGAAAGUGCUGCUAGAGCAAGUUAUAUUCGACUUCGUGGAUCACAUUAUAAUGUAGAACCGGAAUUAAGUAUACAGAAAGAAACGCUGGAGCAAUCUAGUAAAAAUAAGACAUCUUUCUUUGCUGCAUUGAGAUCGAAGGCUUGUAAGAAAGCUAUUAUAAUAUCAUAUGGUCUGAUGUUAUUUCAACAAUUAAGCGGUGUAAAUGCAGUUAUAUUUUAUGUUGGUUCUAUAUUUGAGGAGGCAGGUGGUGAUCUUGAUCCAAAUGUAGCUAGUAUCAUAGUAGGCGUAAUGCAAGUAGGUGCAGUAUUUGUUAGCACGUUGGUAGUUGACCGUUUAGGUAGGAGAUUAUUACUUAUGAUAUCUAUCGUUGCUAUGUGUACAUGCACCUUUUUACUUGGUAUUUACUUCUUCCUAUCUCAAGAACAAGGUGUAACUGGCAUAGGCUGGUUACCGCUCCUUUCUGUUUGCGUUUUUAUCAUUUUAUUUUCACUUGGAUUUGGUCCUCUACCAUGGAUGAUGAUUAGUGAACUUUUUGCUCCAGAGAUUAAAGGUAUCGCUGGUAGUAGUGCUUGUUUAUUGAAUUGGUUAAUGGCAUUUAUUGUUACCAAAGUUUAUGCUAAUUUAAAUAAUGUUUUAGAAUCCUAUGGUACAUUUUGGUUAUUUUCAGUAAUUUGUGCUAUAGGUAUUGCCUUUGUUAUUAUUUUGGUACCGGAAACUAAAGGAAAAAGUUUAGAACAAAUUCAAGAAGAAUUAAACACUUAGUUAGAUUAUUAGAAGAAAUCUCUAGCAUCUAUAAACAUGUAAAAUACAUUGUAAUAUAAGACAUUAAACAUUUUCAUAUUGCAAGACUGAUUCUUUUAUAAAUAUUCAAAGUCUG